AUGACUUCUGCUCGCUUAGUGCCUGGGCUGGACGACACACCAUCGGUUGAAAUCGACGAACUGUGUCAUGCCAUGCUCACCAGAUUCCAUGCUAAGCAUCGCAUCUGGCGCGUACUCGGCCUCGAAGCCUGUACACUUUCGCGCAACGAGACCCCUUACAUGCCCUGUGGUCUGCCGCACGGAACAAAGCCACAGCGGGUACUUGCCGAAGAAAUCAUCGAGGUGGUCAAUCAACUGUUCUGCAGCUGCGUAGGCACGAAUGUCUUCGAUAGCAUGCUCCUUCACGAGCCUGCUGCUUCAGAGGCUGAAGAGUAA